CGUGCAACUCCAGCGGCGCUGAUUCAGUCGGGUUCUGGCCCGGAGUGACCCUCGGCCUCCCCGCGCCGGAGCCGUCCAGCGCGUAGCGUUCAGUUUCCCUUGGCUGCUCCGUACGUUUUGGUCCAUACUAAUUUCUAGCAUUUGAGGAAAUCCAGCCAUUGUCACGUGCAGUUAGUUCCGUCGCCCUUCAGACGUUACCUCGGCAAGUUGGAUUUCCAGCUUCCAUGCUUAAUGUUGAUGAUCUUGAAAGUGCAUUUGGAUCCAAGACAUUUUCUAUCACUGAACAGAUCAAGAGCCUCUUCUCCUAUCUCAGAAUAAUACGGACCGCCUAGUAUCAUAUGACUUCAUUUAUUCAAAUUAAACGAAAAAAGAAUUUUCUCUAGCCUUCCAUGAAGCUCAGCUACUGUCUGUUAAUUUUGACUGUUACUAUUGGUCUUGCAAUUGGAUUUACCGUGGAAAAUGUAGUUUCUAACAGGACAGUUGGUUUGGGGUCCUUCAAUACAUCACUUCAUCCAGUAUUUCAAGCUUUAGUAAACUCUCCAGCUCACCAUGAUAUCAUAGCCAAGGAGGGGACCAGUGUUCUAAUUGAAUGUAAGAUGAACGUCAGCCAAUAUGAAUAUAUUCUUUGGUAUAACUCCAGAGGACACCUGCUUGAACAGAAAGAUGAAGGUGGACGGUGGUGGAUUGCUGAUAAUUCCCUUAACAUCACAAAGGUCAACUUUGCUGACCGGGGGCGAUACACAUGUGCAGCUGUUAAUCGUAAUGAUACCUUGUUUUACACAGUCACCCUGAGGGUUAUCUUCACCUCAGGAGACAUGAGUAUUUACUACAUGAUUGUAUGCCUAGUUGCCUUCGCCAUCACCCUCAUUUUAAACAUCACCCGUCUGUGCAUGAUGAGCAGUCACCUCCGCAAAACAGAGAAAGCUAUUAAUGAGUUCUUCAGGACGGAAGGGGCUGAGAAGCUUCAGAAGGCUUUUGAGAUAGCCAAGCGUAUUCCUAUCAUUACAUCUGCGAAAACGCUAGAGUUGGCCAAAGUCACUCAGUUUAAGACCAUGGAGUUUGCUCGAUACAUUGAAGAGCUUGCCAGAAGUAUUCCCCUUCCACCACUGAUCCUUAACUGCAGGGCAUUCAUGGAAGAGAUCUUUGAGGCAGUGCGAGUUGAUGAUCCUGAUGAAGUUGGUGAGGAGGUGAAACAAACCCAAGCCUGUGGUACCCAAGCUGCGAUAUAUCCCAUCAACGCAGAGAUCAAGCGCAGCGAUUCACCAGCUGGGGAUUCAGAUGAUGGGUCCAUGAAUGAACAAGGCCAAGAGAUCGCUGUUCAGGUGUCCAUUCACCCACAGUCGGAAGUGCAGAGCAUUGACACAGUCUCUCAUGACAGCUGCCAGUUUCCUCCUUCUGAGGAAGGCGCCUGCUGAGUCCAGUGAGACACUGGUGAAAGAAGUGCAGGUGACUCUAGGAUACUGCAAGAACGAGAUCUGCAAAAAAGCUGCCUCAGUCCCAUAUGCACAAGACUUUUUUUUCCCCAAAAAUACAAGGUGCCAGAACUACUACUGAAAUCUGUGUUUUCCGUCAGUUUUUCUCAGUGUUGAUCUGAUGAUUUCAAGUCUGUUAGGAAAGGCUGUUUGUGCAGUGGCUUUUUUUGAAGCAAGCAUAGUAUACUAAAAAUAUUUACAAAACGGGAAUUCUUUGUCCUCAACUCCUUGGUAGCUUUUUAUAUCAUAUUAGAAGUGGCCAAGCUGAGCAAAACAAUUUGCAAUAAGUUCUUGUCCUUUGUGAACUCUUUCUUCCUUUGCAAAGUGAAACCUGAAUUUCUUUUAGUUAAUGUUGUCCUGAUGAAUUGAGUUGUAUGCUCUUUCUGAAUUGCCUCUUGAUGCGUGUAGCCUAUCAGAACCAUGCUGAGCUUGAACAA